AUGAACGCACCACCAACUGCCAUGAGGUUUGCAAUGAUUAGGGUCAAUGAACCCAACAGGCGUGAUUCGAUGCGGCGCGCGUCGUACUCGCCCCUGGAGCAGAAUCCUCCCCAGGGGGACUACGAGGAGCCCGGCGACGCCCUCCUCACCCCCGAGGAGGAGCCCGAGGCGCCCAGCUGGGCCAACUUCCGCGCCAGGAUCCUGUCGUUCACCCGCGGCCGCAGCAAGAGCCCAACCCUCAAGAGCCCCGGCAGCAAGAGCCCCACGUGCCGCAGCCCCACGGGGAGGAGUCCGAUGUCGCGGAGCCCGGCCAGCAGGAGUCCUUCCAGCCGGAGCCCCACCUCGAACAGGAGUCCGGCCCGCUCCCCCUCCAGCCGCUCGCCGACGUGCCAGUCGCCCGUCAACCGGUCCCCGACCAGCAAGUCCCCUCCUCUGCGCUCCCCGACGCAGCGCUGGGCCCCCACGCCCCUGGCGCUCAAGAGGGGCUCCUUCUCGCGGGGCUCCUCCAGGGAGUCUCGGGGCUCGCGGGAGUCUCCCACGGGCGCGCUCGAGCCGAUCGACACCCCGCCCUCGCGCCGGAACUCGGCCUCCAAGGUCAAGCGCUGCCUGAAAAAGGCCUUCAGCCUCAACCUGGAGGGCGCGGAGGUCGAUGACGGCGGAGAGAUCGGCAGUCCCGUGGCGGGAGCCGCAGCUCUUGCCGGGGAGGGGCAGGGGGGCGGGAGGAGCAGGGGGAGGCGGGGGGGCAGGGGGCGCAUGGUGAAGCUGAAGAUCCGCUCGUCGCCCGUGGAGCAGGUCCUGGAGAUGACGCAGCUCGAGGACGACGAGCGAACGGCCGCGGCCGCCCGGCGAGCGCGCAAGUGGUCGUACCACGGCACGGCGACCCCGGCGUCUCCCGUCGAGGCCCCGAAGCGCCACUCCUUCAGCACCGGCACGGAUCGCUCGGGCAUCGUGGUCACCAACAAUGACCUGGUGUCCCUCCUCGGCCCCACGCACCGCCUCACGCCGCCAGGGCUGCCCGUGCCCGAGGCCCUGCCCGCCGGGUUGCCCAUCAUGCCCAACCCUCGGGCGAGGGGUCGCUCCCAGAGCAUAGCCGUGUGCUGGGACGCCAAGCAAAAUGCGAGCAGCGGCGGCGACGGCGACGCCGACGGCCCGCAGGUGCCCAUCACCAUCCGGCGAACGGACUGCGACUACGUGGCGGCGCCGCUGGUGGGCCAGGCGGGCACGCUGGAGGCGCCCGAGGAGGAGGACGAGGCCGGCGAGGAAGCCGACAAGGGGGAGGUCGACGAGAGCAAGCUGCAGUGGGACUCGUCAGGCUCCACCAUCGACGCGGGCCUUCUGGGCUCGGCCAUCGAGAAGUACCUGAAGACCAGCAGGGACGUCGACUCGGGCGGGAGCGUGGCCUCGGCUCUGACAGGUCUUCAGGUCAAGUGACGAUCAACUCGCCACCACGUAUCACAGGUCACAACCUCGGUGCGCAGGGGGUCGUCGGAACAGCGCCCGGACGACGUGCCCCCUGCACCCCUCGGGGUAGAAGAACGCCCAUCCCAGGAACCUGCCGCCCCUGCACCUCACCCGCCACACGUUUCCAUUGAUCUGGGGGACGCCGCCGUUGAGAAGGAGACCGUCUCUCCCUUCGACAGGAUGUGGCGGCCGCACCUCUACGUUUCCGACGUCUUCUCCCUAAUCCCAGCUCUCAUUAACUGCUUCAUGUUCGAUGACAGUGGAUGACUGCAGGUGGGCGCUGUGCCGCUUCCCCGCCCUGGAUAAAUGUGCUGAUCUUAUCACUCCAAUACUUUG